CCGUGUCCGAAAGGGAGCGAGAGAAGCGCGGCAUCCUGCUUUGCUGUGGAAGCAGCAUGUCAGGGGCAAGGCGGAGGUCGAAACAGGCGAAACGGAUUGCGCCGAAACAGGGCGAACCGCAGGCUUUGCCUUUCGGGGGAAAAGUGCAACUCGCUCGCCGCAGAAAGCCGGACGGCUGGCUAGUCGUCGUGCUCCAGGUGUCUGCAAUAGUAGUUGUGGUGUCCUUGAUCUACAUGGGGUAUUACCACCAUGACACAGUUCACUUCCACCUGAACCACGCUUAUGCAAAUAUGGGACAUGCCCAUGCUCAACAUGUAGUAGCUCACAAGUAUCUCCAAGGGAGUGGCAUUCCAAAGAAUAGCACCAUGGCCUUCUAUUGGUUUAGGAAAGCAGCCGAUCAAGGCCACGCACAUUCCGCCUACAACCUGGCUGUCGGUCAUAUGCAAGGGUUUCCAACAGACGUCCAAAAAGGGGAAGCCAAGAAGCUGAUCAAAUAUGCAGCUGAGAAUGGAGUACACGAAGCCCAUCACAUCUACCAUGAAGUCUGCACCACAGGGAAAUGUGAUCACUGAAGUGUUAAUGAAUUAUGCGGAAGUGCACAGAGAAGCUAUGUGUGCACACCGCAGUCUAGUCAUGCCAAGUACACCAUCUCGCUUUGAAAAGCUGUAUUGACAAAUCCAUUACAGCAACUUUCUUUGUGGCCAUGUGGCAGAGGCUCGGUAGAUGGGGGAGUGACGGUAAUGGGCAGUGGGGGGGCACAAAUGAUCCUUCCCUUCCCUCCCUCCCUCCCUCCCUCCCU